AUGUCAAAUUAAUAAUCAGGUAAUGAGAAAUCGAAAAGCAAAUCCUAAAAAUUACAGACCAUGGAAUUGAAUGGAAAAAACUAUAUAUUAUUGGAUAAAUAUUUUUAUAACCCAGAUGAUGUAAUUGGUGAAGGUGCAUUUGGAAAAGUUUAUCGUGGAUUCAAUUUUUAAGCGUAAUUAUUUUGCAUUAUUUACUUAUAGAUAAAAUAAAGAAAAUGACAAAGAAUGUGCCAUUAAGAAAAUGGAACUUCCAGAAAAUAUGGCAUUGAUGAGUGAUAGAGAAAAAAUGACUUUGGAUGCUGUCCGUAAAGAGAUUUGUGCUUUAAAAUUACUUAAACAUCCCAAUAUAGUUAAACUUUAUGAUGUUAAGAAAUUAUAGAAUGUUAUUUAUAUGGUUAUGGAACUCUGCAAUGAAAAGGUAAAGUAUAAAUAAAUUCUUAAUGAUCUUAGUCUCUAUCUGAAUUCAUAAAAGAAAAUAAAGAUAUCACUGAACCUGAGAUCAGAUAUAAAUUUGGUGAAAUCCUUAAUGGAUUUAAAUAUCUUAGGAGUAAAUAAAUUAUCCAUCGAGAUGUUAAACCUGAAAAUAUACUAAUUCGAAAAGGAGUUUUAAAAAUAGCUGAUUUUGGAUUUGCUAAAUAACAUAACUCAAAAACAUAAUUACAUUCUUAUUUAGGAACUAGAGCUACUAUUGCACCUUAAGUUAUUUUAGGUAAAUUCGUUUAAAAUAAAUUUAGGUGAUUAUACUGAUAAAUGUGACAUUUGGAGUUUAGGAGCUACUCUAUAUUUUAUGUGUUUUAAGAAAUAUCCAUACAAAGAAUUCUAUGCAAGUGAAAUUAAAUUAAUGGAAUUAAUGAAAAGAGAUUUUAUUGAAUUUCCAAAAACUGGUAUGUAAGUUUCUUAACCUUUAUAAUAAAUUAUUGUAUAAAUGAUGAGAUAUAGGGAAGAAGAUAGAAUUGAUUGGAACGAUUUAUUUGCAUGUCCUUUAUUUUAAAAUAAAUUAUUAAAAGAAAUGGGAUUAAAUAUAUUUGAAUAUCAUGAACCAUAAGAUGAUUCUGUUGAUAUUAAUGAAGCUAAAAUUGAUGAUUUUGAUUUUGAAAUGAAUGAUCAUUCAGAAUAAGAAAUUGAAAGAAUUUAUGAAAAUGCAAAUGUUGUUAUUGAUUAAGCUGAAAAAUAAAGAAAAAAUGAAGAAAUUUUCUCUAAAUUAAUAAGCAGACUUACUUUUGAAAAAGGUAAAUGUAUGUUCUUAAGAUUACUAUCUUAAAGAGUUAAAGAAUAUGAAUUAACUUUAUCUAAUAAAUUAAUCUUUGAGAAAAGUAAAGUAGAUAUUUCAGAUCAUCUUAAAUCACUAAGAUUUGGAUUAAAUAAAUUUGAACUUAUUAUUAAUAGAGGAUUAGUAGAAUGGAUGGAAGUUAAUAAAAACUUUAAAUAUUAUUGUUGUUGGGAUAUUAAUAAUCCAAUAGGUGUAAAUGAUACUGACUGGGAAAAUUUUCUAACUGAAGGAUUAGAUAGAGAAAAAAUAAAAAAAGCACUUGAAAAAGAUUUAAAUAUAACUCAACAAUAUGUUUACAGUGCAUCAUAAGAUUAAUUAUAGUAAUUUUAAUAAAUGAAUGAAAAAGCAUUUUAAAAAUUGAAUGUUAAUAAAGAAUUUAUGAGUUCUAAUUUCGAAUGCAAUAAGAAUUUUUUUAAAGUUCUUUAUGAUCUAAGUUUAGGGUUAGCACGAUUGCUCUUCCCAGAAAUUGUGAAAAUUAGAAAUAAUCUAGAUUCACUUCAUAAAGUUCUUCCAACGUUAGUUCUUGUUGAUGAUCUUUUCAUUUUAUUAACACUUGACUCUGUAUUUUCACAUACUGAUACUACUUUAGUGAAUUACACAGCAUUUUUUGAAUUAAGAAAAAAAAACUAUUCAGAGGAUUAAGUCAUGUAUAAGACAAUGUAUUAAAGAGUGAUGAGAGCAUAUGAAGUAUUUUUCGAAUGA